AUGACUAAAGACAGGAAGAUCGGAAUCGCCAUGGAUUUCUCAGAGAGCAGUAAGAACGCACUGAAAUGGGCGAUCGAGAACUUAGCUGAUAAAGGAGACACACUUUACAUCAUCCACACACUUCCAAUCUCUGACAACGAAUCUCGUAACUCCCUCUGGUUCAAAUCCGGUUCUCCUCUCAUACCGUUGGUUGAGUUUAGGGAACCAGAAAUUAUGGAGAAAUACGGUGUCAAAAUCGACAUCGCAUGUCUUGACAUGCUCGACACUGGUUCGAGGCAGAAAGAGGUUCAUGUAGUGACGAAAUUAUACUUUGGAGAUGCAAGAGAGAAGCUUGUUGAUGCAGUUACAGAUCUUAAACUUGAUUCUAUUGUCAUGGGAAGCAGAGGACUUAGUGCUCUUCAAAGGAUAAUAAUGGGAAGCGUGAGUAGCUUCGUGAUUCAACAUGCACCUUGCCCUGUCACCGUUGUCAAGGAUAACGAUUCUCACUAG